CGCACCGCCUGUGCUGCCCGGGCUGUGCCAGGCGAGCUGGGAAGAAGCCCCGGCAGCUGUUCUUCCUCAGUUUUCAGCGGAGACGGCAGGCGUGGUUUGGGUUGGCUUGCACAGGUGCCCUGUGCUUUGCCCACACUCGCUUCUCUCCUGGAAGACCACCCUGUGGCGUGAUCCUGGUCCCGGUGACUCCUGCUUUCUUCCCGAUUUGCCCCAGGGGACAGCCUUCCCAGACCUCGGCAGGUGCCCCCUGGUUGGUCGCUGGAGCCCCGAGCACCAUGCCGGAACAGAGCAAUGAUUACCGGGUGGCCGUGUUCGGGGCGGGUGGCGUUGGCAAGAGCUCCCUCGUCCUGAGGUUCGUGAAGGGCACCUUCCGGGAGAGCUACAUCCCCACGGUGGAGGACACCUACCGGCAGGUCAUCAGCUGUGACAAGAGCAUCUGCACCCUGCAGAUCACGGACACCACGGGCAGCCACCAGUUCCCCGCCAUGCAGAGGCUGUCCAUCUCCAAAGGCCAUGCCUUCAUCCUGGUGUACUCCAUCACCAGCCGGCAGUCCUUGGAAGAGCUCAAGCCCAUCUACGAGCAGAUCUGCGAGAUCAAGGGGGACGUGGAGAGCAUCCCCAUCAUGCUGGUGGGGAACAAGUGCGACGAGAGCCCGAACCGGGAGGUGGAGAGCAGCGAGGCGGAGGCGCUGGCCCGCAAGUGGAAGUGCGCCUUCAUGGAGACCUCGGCCAAGCUCAACCACAACGUGAAGGAGCUCUUCCAGGAGCUGCUCAACCUGGAGAAGCGCAGGACCGUCAGCCUGCAGAUCGACGGCAAGAAGAGCAAGCAGCAGAAGCGGAAGGAGAAGCUCAAGGGCAAGUGCGUGGUCAUGUGACCGCCCUCCUCGUCCCGUCCGUCCCCUGCCCCUCCCCCUCCGCGUGGAACCCGCUGUCGUCAGGGUAGCAUGUACGAUGCCCUCUAACCUACUGCAUUUUGACUGAGACGUGCCCUGUUGUCCUUAAGAAGGCAUUUCAGCCACCAACCUUCAGCCCCUCUCCAGAAUCAGGGAAUCCUUCCGCCAGUUAGAAUGAGAACUGACAGCGGGGCCUGGCAGGGAGCGAGGGCACGCCGUGCCACUCGGGGGUGUGCGCCCACGGAGGCCCUGUCCCCUGCAGGUUCCCUGGAGCCGCAGGUGCCAACACUGACCAGGCUUUUCCCUCUGCUCACAAGCCUGUGCCCUCCUUGGGGGAGGGGAGAAGACCAGGCCGAAGUCGCUUCAUUUCGUUGUUCUUUAGCUGGAUUAAAACGGAACGCCACCGCCUCCUCCCGGGGAGGAUGUUCACUCCCCAAACCCAGCUGGCCUGUGGGCCUUGGCUCCCUGGGGUGUGUCCUCACCGCCCGAGGCCUAGCAGGCUGGUGCCAGUCAUCGAUUAGAGUGUUUCUGCUCACGCCCAGGAUGGACGAGAUCGCCUGGAGCGUGUGCGCUGGGAACCUGCAGUGACUGAGGAUAUUGUGACCUUAGGGACACCCGCGGCACUUAGAGGUUUUACCCGUGACGUUGCCUUCCUUGACCCCACAGAGGGUGCAACUUCCUCCUGGCUUCCGAUUUUAAAAACAAGUAACAAAGUAGCUGUGUUUAGACAUCUGUUCUCUUCCAAGGUGGUUUUCUUCCUGUAAACAACUGGAUCUCCAUCCAGCUGGGUAACAGCGACCAAGGCCGAGUGAAGGCCAAAGCACAGUCACUGUAAGUGACACAGACCCGGACACACUUUGCACCUUAAUAUUUUGAAACAGAAGUUUUCACUGUCUUUUCCACCACCGAUCUGUAACACUCUGUUCCUGCAAAUGGUCUUCAAGUAACAGUAGAUUAUCUUACACGUCUCCUAAGAGCUGUUCGAUGCCGUGUUGUCUCUGGAAGCUGAUCCUUCCCUCCUAAUGAUCUGUGGGCCUGACUCCUGCAAACCGAAUUACAGCCGCCGCCGGGCCCUGCCUGCCGGCGUGGAGACGGGCGGUUGCUGGAGAUGGCAGGCCGGGCAGAGCCGCCCGGUCUUCACCGCUCUGCGUCCUGGAGUCCGGCUGGGCUCUGCGUCCUGGGAAUUCCCACUGACAUCCCGUGUGUUCUCCUGUUGGUUGCAGUAAGCACAGCCCAGGCCGGCCCAGUCCAGAACCUUCCUUGCAGCAGUGUCUGUGGCCGGCCUGGCAGACAGAUGAGGAGGUUCAGGGCUGCUGCCAGGUGGGCGCAGGGAGCGUCCUGGAUGUGGGGCAGCAGCAGCAGCCCGGGCAGAGGUGCCAAGUGGGGGAGGAUGGCACACUCCCCUUUGGGGGCGCUCUCUCUGCACCUGCCCCUCCUGAGCAGGGCUGAGGCAGCAGCGCCUGGGCAGCCCCUGCUCCCAGGAGAUAAACCCUCAGCCACCCCUUUCUGGUGACUGCUCCUUGCCAAUGGCUCGUGCCCUCACCCUUCUAAGAUUGCACCCUUGGGACGUGUUCAGUGCGUGUAAGGGGCCUGAGAACCGUGGGCUCUGUGGUCUCCCACCCAUGGCCUCCUAGAACAAAACCCGAGAAGGGAGGGUGUGGAGCUGCCUGGGUGUCCACCGGGAGCCCAGAGCCCUGGCCAGGCCCCUGCCAGCCCUCGGGGAUGCGCCCUCCUGCCAGCUGGUUCUGUCCGGGUGGCUGUCCCACGGCCUUCGAGUGGCAUCUCGUUGGUGGAUGUUCUAGGAUAUCUGUCUUUCAACUUGUCUCAACCUUUUUCUGUUUCUGUUCUCAGAGAAAUGUUAUCCAUUUUUAAUUUGGCUAUGGGUUCAGUGGAAAAGGAAGCAGGACCUCGUGGCCAAUGUGGGGUUUGGAGGUCUCAGGGGGUACUUUGCUAGCAGCACAGAGGGUAUUUCCCACAGGCUGUGAUGUCACAGGGCUUCUGGGGUGAGCUCUCCCAUUUCAGCUGAUUCACAUCAGAAUCGCUUUGCCCUCUCUGGCCAGUGGCUAUGUUUUCACAUGUUUAGCGCAUCAUCAGUAUGAGAAACAUGUAAUUACUGGACAUCUGAUCUCAUCAGGCCCCAUUUCCUCCCUCUGUGUUUGCCUGUGUGUCUCCAGGAAGGCUGGGGGUGCUUCCGUCAUGGGUCUUUGUUCGGAGAUCAUCUUCCAUGAAGGGAGCAGUCUCCCUGUUGAUUGGGGCUGAGGAGUCGGUGCCACUGAAUCCGAUGUGUUAGCAUGUAGGUGGCCCCAUCCCAAAUGUGUAGCUGCGAUUCCUGGGAUGCACCCCACGUUGCAUAGGGACAGUCAUUUCUGACCCAGCACCACUAGUUAAAAGACUCAAAAUAUUGAUUUAAAGAUGGCACUCUGGAAAUAAGCCUGGGACUCCAUGAGUUCCCUUCUGUCCCUGCCUGUCCUCCAUCCAGUGACAAGCCAUGGGCAUGUCCAGUACAGUAAGACCGAUACAAGGGCAACAUCGGAUUGUUCCUCAGACCAAAACUGCUAUUUCCAAUCACAUCUGUAGUGUGUCUUGCUGCACUUCUGAAGCUUGACGCAAUUUGUACGUAGCCGUGGCUGGUAUGCUGGUUUCCCUGUCUGAAAUAGUUCAGGACUGCUCAUUCUUUGUACGACCAAAAAAUAUAUUAAACCUUUUAAAAGUUGCUCUGUGAUCCUUUUUUUCAAGAUACGUAAUGUGUUGCUUUUACAUCAGCUAUCGGGAAGUCUCCGUGGCUCGUGGGACCCGUGGACACCCCUGGAGCGCCGUCCGGGAACUCAGUACCCCACGGGACAGCUGUGGGCACAGCACUGAUAGAGCAUGACUUUUGGAUGUGUGGGACGUCUGUGUAGAUUUACAUUAAAGUGUAUUUGUUAUAAUUCCAUUAUUUAUCACAUUUUACUUACUCUGCAGUUAUAACAAUCCUCCUUGCAUCCAAGUUUCUAGUUGCCCGUGA